AGAUAACCACGUCAUCGAUAGGCUAAAACUCCCACCAAAAAGAUUCCACUGAAAACAAUACGAUCAGGAUUUAAAGAUUCCUCAACCAGACGAAAUUUUGAGUGUAAUCUUAGCCUUGUUUAGCCUACCUGUAAGAAAACGGUUUUGAAAAUGAUACCUGCAUUAUUUAUUGAAACGACCCCCGUCCGCCCACCACCACCUCCUUUUGGAGCUCAAGACUCGAUAGCGCCGGAGUGAGUUGUAUUGUGAUAUUUACAUACGUGUGAUGGCCAACAGAGACCAAUCUGGGCAGUUGUUAUGUUUAUUUGAUAAGAAGUUUACUGCAUUGCUAGUUUGAUCUUUUCCAGAGGUUUACUGAAACAGGGUGCAAUUCUCCUGUUCACCUUAAGGAUGUGUUACUUGAAAGAAACGCUCAGUUCCCAAUAAGCUGCAAGGAAUGCAGAGAUAUACUCGAAGCUGUCCAGCAGUCCUACUGCAGAAUUACAUAUUCCAAAUAUAUUAGCGGAUUCAUUAUCAUUCUCUUACAACCGUUCUCAGUGUGGGAAACUCGGUGAUGCAGGACUCUGACAUGCUCGUGGAAACCCAGUAAAAAUGAAGACUCUUGGAUUUAUGUAAUACUGUGUUUUUGGGAAGAACUUGGAGGAUUAUUCUGGGUUAAUUGUUAUUCAUAUCUAUCACAAUACUGCCUAAUGGAACAUUCGGUUGAAAUGUCAUCUCAAAUUACAGUCUUGGAGCUAUGUGGAACAGCGAUGCUGGGAUGAAGUUGACCACUAUGGGGAAUUUAGUAUUGGCACUCCUGACACUCCCAGUUCUUAUUUCACACAUCGACGUGGCCUUUGGAGCAGAGAAAGUCCCGAUCCUGAACAUUGCUGUGAUCCUGGGACGAACCCGCUACAUCUCGGAACGAGACAUUCGAGCUCUGUGGAGCAAGGAUGAUCCCAUUGACGUGAACAUGGUAACGCUGCUGGUGAAUGAGACUGACCCGAAGAGCAUCAUAACUCACGUGUGCGACCUGAUGUCUGGGACUAGGAUCCACGGAGUGGUGUUCGGGGAUGGCACAGACCAGGAAGCCAUUGCCCAGAUUUUGGAUUUUAUUUCAUCCCAGACAUUUAUACCCAUCUUGGGCAUCCAUGGAGGGUCUUCCAUGAUCAUGGCAGAUAAGGAUGUGAAGUCCACUUUCUUCCAGUUUGGGGCCUCUAUCCAGCAAGAGGCCCUUCUGAUGCUGAACAUCAUGAUGGAAUACGACUGGCACGUCUUCUCCAUUGUUACAAGCAAAUAUCCAGGCUACCAGGAUUUUAUUAGCGUCCUUAAAUUUACGGUGGACAACAGUUUUGUGGGCUGGGAUUUACAGAACAUCAUCACCCUGGACGCCGUAGAUGGGGAUUCAAAGACUCAGAUCCAGCUGAAGAAGAUACAGUCCUCGGUCAUCCUGCUCUUCUGCUCCAAGGAUGAGGCAGCCUACAUCCUGGAAGAGGCACGCUCCCUUGGCCUGACAGGCUUUGGUUUCAUCUGGAUUGUCCCGAGCCUGACAACUGGCAACCCGGAGAUCACGCCAGAAGAGUUUCCCUCCGGGAUGGUCUCGGUGUCCUAUGAUGACUGGGACUACCCCCUGGAGGCCCGGAUCCGAGAUGGGCUUGGAAUUAUAUCCAGCGCUGCUGCGGCCAUGCUGGAGGAAUUUGGGGACGUUCCAGAAGCUAAAACCAGCUGCUAUGGACAACUGGAGAAAACCAAGCUGCCACCCAGUGCAUUGCACAAAUACAUGAUGAAUGUAACCUGGGAAGGCAGGGAUUUGUCCUUCACAGAAGAUGGGUAUCAGGAAAAUCCCAAGCUGGUAGUGAUAGUUCUCAACAAGGAGAGGGAGUGGGAAAAGAUGGGCAAAUGGGAGAACAAGUCCUUGACCUUGAAGUACCCUGUCUGGCCCCGCUUCAACUCCUUUGGUGAUGCGGAGACAGACGACAACCACCUGAGCAUCGUGACUCUGGAGGAGAAACCCUUUGUCAUUGUGGAGAAUGUGGAGCGCCUAACAGGCACUUGCAUGAGGAACUCUGUCCCCUGCCGCAAACACAUCAAAGACAAUUCCACUGCAGAGGGAACGUACAUCAAAAAAUGUUGCAAAGGCUUCUGCAUUGAUAUCCUGAAGAAGAUCGCCAGGAAUGUGAAGUUUACCUAUGACCUGUACCUGGUGACCAACGGCAAGCACGGAAAGAAGAUCAACAAUGUUUGGAAUGGCUUGGUGGGAGAGGUGGUAUACAAGAAAGCAGUCAUGGCUGUUGGGUCGCUGACAAUCAAUGAGGAACGUUCUGAGGCCAUCGAUUUCUCUGUUCCCUUUGUGGAAACAGGCAUUAGUGUCAUGGUUUCAAGAAGCAACGGCACCGUCUCUCCAUCUGCAUUUCUUGAGCCCUUCAGCGCUUCCGUGUGGGUGAUGAUGUUUGUGAUGCUUCUUAUUGUGACUGCUAUAGCCGUCUUCCUCUUUGAAUACGUCAGCCCUCUGGGAUUCAACAGAAACCUUGCACAAGGCAGAGACCCCCAUGGACCCUCCUUCACAAUUGGAAAAGCAAUAUGGCUACUGUGGGGCCUGGUUUUCAAUAACUCUGUGCCUGUUCAGAACCCCAGAGGGACCACCAGUAAAUUCAUUGUGUCUGUGUGGGCCUUCUUUGCUGUAAUCUUCUUGGCCAGCUACACUGCCAACUUGGCUGCCUUCAUGAUCCAGGAGGAGUUUGUUGACCAGGUCACUGGACUUAGUGACAAAAAGUUCCAGAGCCCACAUUCAUAUUCACCCCCAUUUCGUUUUGGAACAGUUCCCAAUGGAAGUACAGAAAGGAACAUCAGGAAAAAUUAUCCUGACAUGCAUCAGUACAUGGUCAAAUAUCAUCAGACUGGGGUGCAAGAUGCACUGGUCAGCCUCAAAACUGGGAAACUGGAUGCCUUCAUUUAUGAUGCAGCUGUGCUAAACUACAUGGCUGGGAGAGAUGAGGGGUGUAAGCUGGUGACCAUUGGGAGCGGUUACAUCUUUGCCACCACGGGCUAUGGGAUUGCUCUGCAGAAAGGCUCAUAUUGGAAACGUCAGGUCGACUUAGCAAUCCUGGCCAUCAUUGGAGACGGUGAGAUGGAAGAGCUGGAAGCACAGUGGCUGACGGGCAUCUGCCACAACGAGAAGAAUGAGGUUAUGAGCAGUCAGCUGGAUGUUGAUAACAUGGCUGGUGUCUUCUACAUGCUGGCUACAGCCAUGGCUCUCAGUCUCAUUGUCUUCAUCUGGGAGCACCUGUUCUACUGGAGGCUGCGCUACUGCUUCACCGGCAUAUGCACUGGCAAGCCUGGACUGCUGUUCUCCAUCAGCAGGGGUAUAUGGAGCUGCAUUCAUGGUAUCCAUAUUGAUAUGAAAAAGAAGUCCCCUGACUUAGACUUCAGUCCUCAGGCUAACAUGCUAAAGCUUAUUAAGUCAGCCAAACAGAUGACUAACAUGAGCAAUCUCAACACAUCAAGGAUCAACUCCCCUAAGCGUGCCACUGACUUCAUGCAUUCAUCUGGACCCAUGCUAAUGGACAUGAUGGGAGACAAAGGGAAUUUUGUCUACACUGACAAUCGCAGCUACGCCCCAAAGGAGAUGAUUUACAGUGACUCCAGCGACUUCCAGGCCUUCCUGGCCAACCGCCACAAGGACCACCUGAACAACUAUGUGUUCCAGGGCCAGCACCCCUUGACCCUGAAUGAGGCCAAUCCUAACAAGGUGGAGGUGGCCGUCAGCGCCGAGGCCACGCAGACCAGCUCCAAGCCACGGGCGCUGUGGAAGAAAUCGGUGGAGACGCUGCGGCAGAACCAGGGCGGUGCUGCUCCAGACCCGCUGCCCCCUGAUUCUCGGCUGACCAUGAAGAGCCAGCGGUACCUUCCUGAGGAGGCAGCUCACUCCGACAUCUCCGACUGCUCCAGCAGGGCCGCCUCUUACAAAGAAGCCGACAAUAACCAGAAGCACCUGAAGCCCAAGGAUAACUUAAAAAAAAGAUCGAUGACAUCAAAAUACCCUAGGGAUUGCAGUGAAGUAGAGUUGUCCUACUUAAAAAGCAAGCAGGUAGGGCAAACCCGUGAAAAAAUAUACACCAUAGACUCAGACCGGGAGCUGAGUUUGCACUCGGAUUCGCUACAUUACAGGGACAGCAGGGGGCUGCCCGAAGAUUUGGAUUACCCCGAAAUGUAUUCAGACCACAAUGACAACUACAGAAAACCUGAUCAGCCAAUCAUCCAUCUCAACAGUAGUCCCCUCCAUCACACUGACACUGAACUUGUCCCCUCUAAAGAAAACAAAUACAACCAGUACACCAAAUACUACAGCUUGAAGGAGAAGAACGUCACUCCACACGAGACAAAUGAUCGCUACAAACAAACUCAUUGUCGGAGCUGUCUGUCUAAGAUGCCAAAUUAUCCCCCCCACUACACAGUCAGAUCCCCUUAUAACCGCUGCGAAGCCUGCCUACACAUGGGCAACUUGUAUGACAUAAGUGAGGAUCAAAUGUUGCAGGAAUCGGCCAACCCCUCGGUACAACCGAACGAAAUGUUCACUCAGUACUGGAGCCAGACUGAUGGGCCACAUGCAGAUAAAAGGAAUAGACUGCGACUUAGCAGGCAGCAUUCCUAUGACAAUAUCCUAGACAAGCCCAAGGACGCGGACCCGGGCCGGCCUGCGCGCAGCAUCAGCCUGAAGGAGAAGGACCGCUGUGUGGACGAUAGCGCUUAUGCAAACAUUUUCAGUGUCAAACAAGACAAACUGUUCGGCAGCAAAUCCAUGCUCUUCAAUCACAACCUGGAGGAGAUAAAGAGAAGCAAGUCACUUUACCCUGACCACCCCACAGAAAACCCCUUCUUCCAUUCCUUACGGGACGAUCAGCGCCUCGUCCAUGGCAGGAGCUCCUCUGACAUUUACAAACAGUUGGCCCCGAUCAAAUCAAGGUCAAGUGACAACAAUCAGAGGUCCUCAGUCAAGUCCACCACCUCCUACUGCUCUAGAGAUGAUCGAACACCUAAUGACCAGUACUUUUCAGAGCAAGUAAUGCCUUAUGUAGCCAAUAAGACGAGUGCAUACACAACUCCCCGGGUUCUGAAUUCUUGCAGCAAUAGACGAGUAUACAAGAAAAUGCCUAGUAUUGAGUCAGACGUUUAAUGCUCUGUUUGUACAGCUUAAAUAUUAAUCCACCUACAUGUAAGUCAUGUAACCAAGUACUUUCUUGACAAAAGAAAAGAAGAAAAGACUUCACUUCCAGGUUAUUUUUUGUGUAUCAAUAAGUUUAUCAUAUGGGGCUUGCUGAUGAUUUUCAGUGUUUAUUUUGUCUUGGUAAUAUUUUUUAGACUUAAAGUAUAAUUCAAAAACAGGUCUAUGCCAGUGUCAUUGGGAAUGGUUGGUUUCUGUCUGAACAGUCUUACUUUCUGGUGCUGGUUGUCUCUCCAGCUGGAUGAAAUGAAAUGAUGAUACCUUGUCAAAGCUGGUGGACCAUUCUGCUUGAGACUGGCAUUGGGUAAAAUGUAAAAUGCAAAAACAAAAAUUAAUUUAAAAAAGAAAAAAAAAAGAAAAAGAAAAAACAGAGGCACUAGUUAUAAUGAUAUCAUCAUCAUGAUUGUGCAUAUAGGCAUGGUAGAUGGAUGGAAGCCAGAGACAUUUGUCUUCAUUCAGAAAAUCUGGCCAAAAAGUGCUCAUGUAGUGUGGUAUUCACUCCUGGUACUCAGAUAUGAACCUCAUGAAAGCGAGGGUAUAUGAUAUGCAGUAUUGCACUUAUAACAUUUUGCAACAUUGCUUUUGUUGUAUUACUAUAGAUGUGGGAUUUUGGCAUUCUAAUCCCUACUUAAAAUGGUUGAGCAUUUAGCUUAUUUAGUAGCACCCUGAAUCCAUUAGUUAACAUCUCAUCUUUGCUUUAAAAAAAAAAAAAAAAUCUAAUUAUAGUCUGGAAUAGACUAUUUUGCAUGUAUUAUUUUGGUAUUCAAAACAAAAAUAAUAAUUUACAUUUGAUGGAAGUGGUCUUGCUGAUUCUAGGUGGAUGCGUGUGCAAUCAAAGCCUGAGCAGUAAUUAGAAACUGAGACUAAUGAUCAUGGUGUGUAUAAACAGAAUAAAAAAGUCUGGUGAAUAUUUGAUAGGGAAUCAUGGAAUAUUGUAUGGAUUCUCAAUCUGAAACAGGGUAAUAAAGAUUUCAAAGUUGUUCACAAAAUCACAACAUUUGUAUUACUUAUCCUGUACAAACAUUCAGUACUUCACUUUGGGGUAGUACACUGAUUUUGGCAGGAUCAUUUUAAUUUGCAUUCUGGUAUGAAUUUAUUAAGAACAUAAUUGCUCUUCUAAAUAUGGUUGUGUUAUAAUAUUUUACUUUGUUUUGUGAAAAGAAUAAUGAAUUGAAAGGCUGUAAUUAAGAGUUUGUCUCCGUGUUGCCAUCAAGUCAUAUUACAGUACUUAAAAGGCAAGUGUGAAACUUUGGGUAAGUUAGAAGUGUUAAACGGAAUAUUAAUGUUCAUUGAUGGCCAUAACAGAGUGAAUAAACACUGCAUCAGCAGCAAAUCGCAAUUAUCAUUUUCAGCACUAUAGAACAUUAACAUUUUUAUUCAAUAAGAUAAUAUAAUGAACCAAUAGAGAUUAAAUAAAUGGUCAUAAUCAGUUUAAUUUACAGUAUUAGGGGAAAUACACUAUACACGUUAAACUGACAUUAUCCACUCUUUACUUUGUGUGACUAUGGAAAAUACCUCAGGAGACUGAAUGCAUAGUGGAAAAAGUGUGACUGAUUCAUUGAUUCAGUUCAUCAAAAGGACAUACAUGCAUAUAUCAUGUGUAACAUUAUGCACAAGCGUAGAAUGCAACAGUGAUGCAAUAGCAAUGAGAGUCAGACUGUACAUUGCAUUGUUGAAAUUAAGUGGUUUCAGGGAAGACUGGUUUAUGAAAAUUCAUUUAUUCUUUCAUUAUGAUUGUAAUCACUAUGGAUAUGCAUUCAACUGAUAUCAGGCUUUUCAGAACUAUAUUUUCCAGUCCUGCCUGCUCAUAUUUUUAUUUUAUUUUUUAUUUUUAUAGAGUGGCCAUCAAUGUAACUCUCUUAGAAGUACGUUAAACUCUCACCAGCACAGAGUUUAAGAUCAUGCUUGUGAUUCUCAGUCUCUGAUCACACUGUUAAACAUGCUGCAGAGAUGUGAAUAUAUAAGACUUCCACACAGCCUGGGGACACAGCCUUUUUUUUUUACACAUGACAUUAAUGUUUGGGUGUGAUAUUUUAAGAUGUUUUUCAAGAUUUUCAUAUUUGUGUGCAAAUAUUUUCAGUAUAUUUUCCAGAAUGGAAAAUACUUAUUUAAGCUUGCCCAUUGUUUUGAAAAAAAUAUUUUUUGUGCACCAUUGCUUACAUGGUAUUAUGUACUUUGCAGGCCAUUAUUUAUUUAUUUAUUUAUGGUUAUCAGAGCAUUUUUUCUUCAACCAGUGAUAUUAAAUGUAAGAUGCUGCCAAAGGAAGCUAACGUUUGAGCAAUAUCCACAUGUAUAAUAUCAAGUUGCAAUAUAAGAUUGAUAUUGAGGAAUUAAUUAUUUUUUCUUGGUCACGCAUUGAUUUGUUUAUUUUGAUUAAUUUGGUGUAAGUACCCUUGUCUUAUUUUAAACAAAAUAAAAGUUGUGAAUGCAUUUAAAAAGAUGGCAUGCUAAAAAUCUUUAUGUAAUACACUAAAUAGCUUUCUUUUCUUUGAUUUUGUGAACACUAAUGAUUUUUGUCUGGUUGAAAAUAAAUGUACAAGUAUGCGCAUUUGAGGAGAAACAUUCCGAACUGGACUUGAAUUAAGUACUGUUGUUUUGGAAUACAGCAAGAGAAGGCCUUCUGCCCAGUCUAUUGCUUGAUACUCAGUAUGUGCCUCUGUACUAUAACCUUUUCCCCUGUAUAGUAAAGCAGUGUGUUUUACCAUGUAUACAAUGCAUACUUUCUCUUCCUUGGUUGGUUAGUUAAGUGACCAGCAGUCACCCCAUGUUUUUCUUUCAAAGUACAUUCAGAUAUAAAAUGUAAAAAAAAAAAAAAAAAAAAAAAAAAAAAAAAAAAAAAAGAACAAUAUGACCUAUUGUAAUUUUUUUUUCAUUGAAGAACCAUUUCGUCUUUUAUUUAAAGGAAAUAUUUACAUUUUAGGCCCAGAAAAUGUUUACUAAUUGGAGAUGCAUAUGCUAUGCAUUCAUCACUUAUUUCUUUAUGGGGUAUCAUUGCGGUUUCAUGAAAGUGUGGCUAGCUGAGCAUUUCAGUAGAAUGGGGAAGGAGAAAAUUUGGGUUUUGAGAUGAAAUUCAAAGAAAAUGCAAAAUGAAAUUACUGGUAUACAGUCAAAUCAUGGGUGUUUAAUUUUGUAUUUUUAUCCUAUAUUUUAAUCACAUUUCACCUAUUUCAUAUCAUACUUUCCAAGCAAAAAGGACAUAUUAUUGAAGGGGAAAUUAACUUGGAUUCCUCUUUGUAUGCAGUACGUAAGCAUGCUUCCAAUAGCAGCUGCAAUGCCCUGAUUUAUUGUUUUCUUUUAAAUUCAUAAUUGAAGGUUAAAACUAUUGAGAAAUAGGGACAGGCAAUGGGACAGCAGACAAACUUGUAUUUGAAAGCAUCUUCAUUUAUUUAACAUAUUGUAUGAUUCUCAGUUUUGUCCAUGAUGUAAUGUGUUAGGCACAGACAGAAUUACUUUGGUUGACAUUAUAAACUGGUAAGGUUGACUUGAACAGGUAUUCAGUGCUAGGAUAAACAGUGAAUAUUAAAACUUCUCUGCUGUCAGCUAUAACCUUUGCAGACUGCAUUAUGUCCUCCUCAAGAGUCAGCUGUUCCAUUGAUCUGGAAUUGGCUCAAUAAUAGUAUAUUCAAUAGUACAUUCUCAGGCAUAGCCUAAUGUGAAUUAGCCAGCCCGUUUUAUGCAGACAUGAACUUUGCCUUGAGGCAGUGAGGACUUGGUAAGAGCACAGUACAAACUGGAUCUUAAGCACCUUUUGAGAGGGAUGAAAAUAUUUAACCAUACAACAUAUACAAUGUUUUAAUGACACCAGAUUUUUAUUUCAGGUGUAAUGUACAAACCCAUGUACAAUGAACAAUGCAAUCCAUGUUAUGUCACAAAGUUAUUGUGCCAUGAUUUUGAUAUAUUAGUCAUUUCAUUGGAAAGCACACACACAAAAAAA